CGCUGCCGGACGUUGCCGCCGUUGCCUAGCGAGGCGCCGUAAACAACGGGGAGAGCCUGGGCCCAGCCCCGGCCGCUGCGGAGAGGGAGCCGCGGGACCGUGGGCCGCGCCGCAGCCGCGGCCUGGAUUCCGCGGCCUCGGCAGCCCGGGCGCCUGCAUUCCGCGGCCGCGGGCGGCUCCCGAGACCCAGGCGCGAUCUCGUUCCCGGCUCCUCUCAGGUUUGGAGUAAAAGGUGCACCGCGAGACACGGAAAACCACGAAAAUGUACCGGCCCGCUUUCAGAAUACCCCUGCCAGUAAAGAGCCACUAGUACUUGCUCCUGCUUUCUGGCAGCCGAGAGCGUAAGGUGUAUCGACACCAGAGUAUUUCUGUAGCCCUGGCAUACAUCUAUUUCAUAUUCCCGUAUUAUUUUUUUAAUAUAGCUUUAAGAGGGUGGGGGUAAUGCCAGCACUUUAAAGCAGUACUUGCUAGGGGAUAAAAGUGAUACACCUGGAUAAAUAAAACUAGAAAUUGAUCAAAUGUGUUUUGAAUCUCUAGUUAGUAAAUUUAUAUAGCUGUUUCUGAUUGCCAUGUCCUUUAUGAUACCAGUCUCGUGUUUUGCUUCUAUGGUUUACUUCUGUUAAUAAAAUGGAGGGGUUUCUUUUUUCAACUUCAGAUUGUUUAUCAGCUCUGGAUGGCCAGGUUCUCAUACUAAAUGGAAUAAAAUUAAAUGCAAAAACUCUUCUCUUGGCAUCCACACAAUGACAACUGUUUAAAGCUGCUUGUUUUCAACAAACUUGAAUUUUGGGGGCUUAGAUCAUGUGUUCUGCCAGUUUGGUAAUACAGCUUUCUUAAAGGCAGUGUGUGGGAGUUUGGCAAACUUUCCCUUGCACUGCAGAGAUUCUUGGAAUCAGACAAAAAAUCAAACCAAUGAUGUGUUUGCGAACCAGCAGUAUCUGUGAGGGGUUUUGAAUGAUCAUGAAAGACAGCUCUAAAGAAAGGCUAUUUAUUUGAUUUUUACAAUUGUGCUACUGUACACUGCUUAUGUUGGAAGGAUGAAUAUGCAGGGAGCAGUAUAAGGAACCAUGGUUGCUAAAGUACAUAAUUAAUAAAAAAUAAUGACGUAUGUGCUUAAAGUCAGAGGAAUGUUUUAGGUGUAGUAAUUAGAUAUAUUUAAAAUCACACCUCCUUUGUAGGCAACACAACUGCUUUCUCUGUGUUUGUUGAGUUACGAAUGCUUGGUGCUUCCUAUGUGGAAGAGAAUUUAAAACACGUGUGUGUAUAUACCUACAACUUCUGGAGAAAAAGGUCUUGUUUGACCGAUUUAUGUUGCCUGUGCAGCAUGAAUGCAAGACUAGGAAAAUGAGAAUAUUUAUUGUUAGCAUAUGCUUUAUCAACAGUGUUUGUUAACAAGCUUUUAUGAUAUUGUUGCUUCAUAUGGCUGUGUUAUGUUCAAAUAGAAAAUCAGGCAACUUUCAGACUUAAGGUUAAGUCCACUAGCUUCGAAAUUAAUAGAGGCAAAAUUAAUUUAUGAGUUGAUUCAACAGUUAUUAAUAUAGCUACUUUUGUAUUAGGUAUUUUUAAAGAGUGUAACUGUGCUUAUGUAUUCUUUAGGAAUUGUCAACUUUCUCCUUCAGCCGGAAAUUAAUUCUUUAUUAUAUAACACGGAAAACUUUUUUUCUUAGUUGCAGACAGCUGCGAGGGAGGUGAACACAGGACUGGUAACAGAUUUCUUGUUGACUGUGUGAAUACCGAGUGGGGAGCACAGGGAUGGAUUCUGGCAUGGAGGAGAUCCCAGUUAAAGUUGCAGUUCGAAUCAGACCUCUGCUUUCCAGAGAAGUACUUCAUAACCACCAAGUGUGUGUGAGAUUAGUUCCAAACACACAACAAAUUAUCAUUGGGAAAGACCGUGUCUUCACUUUUGAUUUCGUAUUUGGCAAAAAUUCAACCCAAGAAGAAGUUUAUACUGUUUGCAUUAAGCCCCUUCUAGUGUCUUUGACUGAGGGAUACAAUGCUACAGUGUUUGCAUAUGGACAGACAGGUUCUGGGAAGACUUACACCAUUGGAGGUGGCCACAUUGCAUCAGUUGCAGAGGAUGAAAAGGGCAUAAUCCCUCGGGCUAUUCAGGAAUUAUUUCAGCAUAUUUCUAAAAACCAUAACAUUGAAUUCCAUGUGAAAGUAUCUUAUAUAGAGGUUUACAAGGAAGAACUUCGAGAUUUAUUGGAGUUGGAGACCUCUAUGAAAGAAUUACAUAUCCGAGAAGAUGAAAAGGGAAAUACAGUGAUUGUUGGUGCUAAGGAAUUCCAAGUAGAAUGUGCAGAUGAAGUGAUAAGCCUAUUGGAAAGUGGCAACGCAGCUCGUCACACAGGCACAACACAAAUGAAUGAGCACUCUAGUCGAUCUCAUGCCAUUUUUACCAUCAGUAUUUGUCAGAAACAGUCUGCAGAAUCUCAGAAAAGUACUGAUGCUGCACAGGAUUCAUCUUGGAAAUCAGUCCAGAUGAUUGCUUCAAAGUUUCAUUUUGUGGAUUUGGCAGGAUCAGAGAGGGUGACAAAGACUGGAAAUACCGGUGAACGCUUCAAAGAAUCAAUUCAGAUCAACAGUGGUCUGCUGGCCUUGGGAAAUGUCAUCAGUGCACUUGGAGACCCAAAAAGGAAAAGUGUACAUAUUCCAUACAGGGAUGCUAAAAUCACUCGUAUUCUGAAAGACUCCCUUGGAGGAAAUGCCAAGACUGUCAUGAUAACGUGCAUAAGUCCAUCCUCAUCUGACUUUGAUGAAUCUUUAAAUUCCCUCAAAUAUGCCAACAGGGCCAAAAACAUUAGAAAUAAACCAGUUGUAAAUUAUAACCCAAAUCAAGACCGGAUUGAUGAAAUGGAACUUGAAAUCAGAUUGCUUCGAGAAGCUUUGCAGAACCAGCAAGUCAGUAAUCAGUGUUCGCAUGAUCUAAAUCAAGAAAGAACUCGUAUCACUUCCCUUGAGGAGCAGCUCACCCGGCUUCAGGUUCAAUGUUUCAGUUAUAGAAAUUGUGUAGAUGAAGCCUUCCCAUUUCUGGUUGAUUUGAAUGAUGAUGUUAGCUUAAAAAGAAGUCAGAGGGACAGGUUGCAGAGCUGGAUCACUAUGGUACAGAAAGUAAGGAAGGAAGCUCUCACCAUGCAGGAAACUGACACAGGGACUGGGACCAGUCAAGAGCCACAUCACAUCACAAUUCUUCAGCUAAAGAGGGAACUAAAGAAAUGCCAGCAGGCCUUAGUUAUGGAUGAAGAAGUAUUUAGCCAGAAGGAUCACGAACUGCAGAUACUGCAGAAACAGAUAAAGACAUUACUACACGAGAAUGAAGAAAAACUGGAAUCUUUAAGGGAGGCUCAAGAAACACAUAGAUUACAGAACGAGAAAAUGGUGGAACAGCAAAUGCUUAUUGAUCGGCUAAAAGAAAAAUUAGAGAAGUUUACAGAUGUGAAAACUUUGGACUUCUCGAGUACUUGUGGAGAUGGGCCAGCUGUUGUGGCAUCUGCAAGGAGGCCAUACAGUGUCCCACUCACAAAGAGUCUGCUUCACUCCCUUCACCCACCUUCAGGGACAGAGACCCGAAAGGUGUAUACCAGCCCCCCUGCCUUCUCCUUGGCUCGAGUAAUGGCAGAAUUCCGUGCUCGCAGCCAGAUGAUACUGAGCAACAUAGAAGACCAGGAUAAAGUUCUUCACUGCCGCCUUUCUGAUCAGAGUGAUGAAGAGGGGGAAAAUACAGGCAGCAAAAAGAAAACCUCAUUUAAGCAUUCCAUAAACCGAACAUGGACACGAAAACAGGCUUCUCUAUGCUUUAUUCCUGAUCUAAAUGACAUGAAGUGUCAGGUAGACAAGUCUGAUUUAUCCAACAAGUCUGUGCUACAGACUUACACAACCACAGGUGAAGAGAUUGACAGCCUCCAGAAAAGUCAUGUUUUUAACAUGCAGAAGUUAAAGAAUUCAGAGUUGAGACUCACUGAGGCCGAGCAAAAAAUGAGAGAACUUGCACUUAAUAUCAAAAUGAAAGAGGAGCUUAUUAAGGAAUUAGUAAGAACAGUGCUACUGAUCUCUUCAUGGACAUGCAUUUGUCACAUGGUGUCUGGGAUAGGAGAGAAGAUACAUCACUGUGCUGGGAAUGUAAGCAUUCCCAGCACUGCAGUAGAGAAGCAGGAGUCAGAAGUGGAUGAGGGAAAAGGUAAGGACGCUCAGUCUGUAAGCAGGCAAUAUUCUUUGAAGAUAACCAAACUGGAGCAAGAAUCUGAGCAGGCCAAAAUGGAACUGGCUGAAACACAAAAGCGGCUUCAGGAGCUGGAGAGUAAGGAGCUGAGAGACGUUCCUGAGAAAGCCAAGUUACAAAAAGAGUUCCGGAAGAAGAUGGAUGCAGCUAAGUUGAAAGUGCAGGCCUUACAGAAGAAGCAGCAAGACACUAAUAAUCUGGCUUCAUUAUCUAACCAAAAUGAGAGACAAGCAACAGAGCUUGAGCAGAAUGUGGCUCAGAUGAAGCAUCAGCAGACCCAGCUACAGAAGAGACUGUGUGAGGAGAGCGAAAAAAAGAAGCAACUAGAAGCAGAGAUUCAGCGGGACCAGCAACAAAUUAAAGAACUUCAACUAAAGAUGGAGCAACAACAGAAAAUCCUUAAACUUAAGGAUAAAGAGAUUGCUGCAUUUAAAAAGAAGAAAAAUAACUCAGUGGGAACUUCACAGAAGCUACAGAAAUUAGAAGAGCAAAAGAAAUGGCUGGAUGAAGAAAUGGAAAGAAUUCUCCAACAACACCAACAGUUAGCAGAACUAGAAGAAGAUUUAAAGAAAAGAGAAGCUAUUGUAGCCAAAAAAGAAGCAUUAUUGCACGAGAAAAGUCACCUGGAAAUCAAGAAACUGAGAUCUAGCCAGGCUUUAAACAAAGAUAGUAUGAAAUUGUCUACUCGCUUAAGUAUGCUGGAUCAGGAACUGUGUGAUAAAGGUAUGCAGCUUCAGGGCAGCACCACUGAAGAUAAGACAGACAUUUUGGAAAAAAUUCAGGUUCUCCAGACGGAAAGGGAUCAGUUGCUCAGAAGAAGAAAUAGCGUGGAUGAGAAACUGAAAGAUGGAAAAGUGUUGUCAACUGAAGAAGAACAUGUCCUUUUCCAGCUGGAAGAAGGAAUUGAAGCCCUGGAGGCUGCUAUUGAUUACAAGAAUGAAAGUAUUCAGAAUCGCCAGCACUUGCUUAGGUCAUCUUCUCAGAUUCUUUCACAGAGUGAGAAUAAUGUAAUAGGAAAACUAGUUUCCCUGUCUGCUGCUGACCUCAGAGCUAUCCUCUUCAAAUAUUUCAACAAGAUUGUUGGCCUACGUGAGUCUGAACGUAAAUUACAACUACAGAUUGAAGAACAGGAAAUGAAGUUCAUAGACCAGGAAAACAUAAUACGUGAAUUAGAAUCUGCACUUGAACACAUGAAGUUGCAGUGUGACAGGCAGCUGACCCUACAACACAAAGAACAUGAGAAAAAACUACAGUUAAUACUGCAUCAUUUCAAAGAACAUGAUAGUGAAGGUAUUGCAGAAACCUUGAAAGGGUAUGAAGUAAAAGUCCAGCAACUGGAAAAAGACUUAUUUUUCUACAAGAAGACCAGCAGAGAGCUGAAGAAGAAAUUGAAGGGCCUCUUUGGAGAGUCAUCCCAUCAAUUAUUAGUAUCCACUAAAUGUAACAGUGCUGGUGACAAGGCAUCCAGUCUAGAUGAAGCAGAAGUUGCUUCUGAAGAAUUCAAGUCGACACUUAACCCUGAAACCAACAGUCGACCACAGAAAAUAAAAGAAACAGACAGAACAAAUAUUUUAAGAGCACAGGAGAGUUCACACAAGCUUGGAGAAGAUGUUUCAGAGUUUGGGUGCAACAGAGAAUGUUUGUUGAGCAUUAAUGAUGACAAAACAGGAACAGAUGAAGCUCAGCCUUCAAAAUCUCAUCCUCAGCUACCUUCUGUCAUCCAGAGAAGAGAGGCUGUAACACAGUUUCAAGGAGUAACUCCAGUAAAACUAUCUCGCCGAGAGCUACGUCACAUUCCUCCCUCUGAAUUAUCUUUGAGACGCUCCAGUCUUGGAGGUGGCGUCAGUUAUAUUGCUCCGGAUUCCAUUGAAAUGGACAAAAAGUCCAGUGUCACAAAGACAUAGCUACCCUUCCAUGCAUUUUUGAUAGCUGUUGCUAUCGAAGAAACUGUACUAGAUUUCUUUGUUCAUGGUCUUGUUAAGUAUCAACCACGGAGAGUAAGUGUUCUUUAGUUCUGAUUGCUCACUAUCAAGUCUUUAGGUGUUAUGCUCACACAAUUUCAGUGCAUCUGAGAUGGAUUUUAAUGAAUGCAGUAUCUAAGAACCUUCAUUCAAAGGCCUUUUAAUACUGAAGAAAUUAUUUAUAUGGGUUUGUUGUUUUGCAGUAACUUGGGAUUCCUUGAACAAUAUUGUACAUGACUUUCUUGGGUCAGAAUCAGUAACAAACUAUUUAAUUUAUUUGAAUAUAUAGAUAGAAAAUUUAAUUGCCAGACUGUCACCCAGUAUUGAUAAUGACUGGCUCCUGUACGCUUAUUUAUCUAAAAACAUUUUAUACAAGCCAUGUUUGAGACCAACACUGGUACCUAAAGAUAAAUUUGUUCCUGAAAAGGAACAUAAAAGUACUUAAUUUUCUUUUUUCUUCUUUAUGGCUUAUUUAUGAACUUAAGAUAAUUGCUUGUUUCACUUCCUGUUUUUGUUUGUUGGACAUUUAAAUAAUUGCACUUGGCAAUUCAAAGUGUGAAUAUUUAUUUCUGUACUACUAAAAUGGAAAAAAACACCAAAACAAAACAGAGGACCAAAUUCAGCAUCUUCUAGGUUAGACAGUUGGACGAAUAUAUUAUUUGUACUAGUCAUGUUCUUUCACAGACAAAUUAUUCUUCUGGAUUACAUAUCUGCUUCAGAGCAAUGGCUACCCAUAUCCUUCAGUUUACACUAAUACUGUUGUUGGUAAUGCAUUCAGGAUGAAAAGCAAAUCUUUUUCACAAGAGGAAUGUGGUCACUGAGAAGCAUAUGCUUAACAGCCACACGAAGGCAGAGACCCAACUGUCCACAUUUAAAUGUGAUUAACACUUCUAACUGUAACUCUCUCCUACAUAAAAAGUGGCAGUACUGAAAGUAAGGUUAGUUUUAUUUUAGUGGUGGACUUCAGCCAGUCCUGUUUGGAAAUGUUUGUAAAUUACUAGAAGUACUUAGGAAUGUUUGCUUUUUGCUGUUGUCUAGGCGAGGUCUUGUGUAUAGCAUGUGUGGCUGUAGGUAUAACAUAACUGCAUUUUCUGUGCUGCAAGCAUAGUUCAAAUCUGUUCACAUUAUGAAGAUGCUAUUAAAGCAUGAUAAAUGGCCCUAUAGUCUUGUGGCGCAUUUUUAAAUUUUCUGAGUAGACUGCGAACUAUUUCAUUCUAAUCAGAUAGAUAAACCACUUAACAUGUCAAAUGAUUGUAUCUCUCGCAGUUACACGUAAUUAUUACUUAUUGUUCAGCCGAAUUGUGAGAUAAGGAUUGGGGUCUGUCUUGGUUGGUUUUGGAUUGAGCUUGUUUUUACAGUCAUAGAAAUACUGAGCCUUAACUAAUGUUAAUAUUAGUGUGUAUAUAAUUCACUUAAUGCUUCUAGUCAAAAAGCAAUAAACAGAAACAAGUACGUACGGUUUCAAAUGUGUAUUUACUACAUCUCCAUAUUAAGUGAAGGAAUUGUUGAGGGCAUUUCCUCUUAAUACUGUGCAUUUUCAUACAACUCAGAGUACUCUGUAAAUAUUUAUUCAUUUGAAGUUUCCACAAAUGAAAAACCUAUUCUUUAAGGAUGCAAAAUAAACCAGGGAAAAUGUAGGAAAGUACAACUCAAUCACUAGUAGAUGUCAGCUGGUGCCCUGGAGGUUUCUGUAGCUGUGACACUGCAGAUUAAGUAGUCAUUCAAACACUGGGUUCUGUAUGGCACACGCACCCAUUUCAAUACGUAACUACAAUGUCACCUAAUGCCAAGGUAGAUAAAUACAUCAGAUACAGUUGUGAUUUUUGAAGAGUGGAAGAACUGUUGCCCGUGAGAGGGACCUAACAUAAGCAAAGCAAUGAGAGAGGCCAGUAAGGCCAUCAUACAGGGAAAAGUAAGCAGUGAGUUAUGUUCCCAUGUAUGUAACUCAAUGAGACCUAACA